CUGCAAUAAACAAUUGGCAUGCUGAAAAGUUAGCCUUUGUCAGGAGAGGAGAUCCACAGAGAAAGAUGAGCGCUGGAGUGAGGAGAACCCGAAACAGAAAGAUAGAAGACAAAGUGGUUGGUGAGAAUGGCGGCUGGGACCAGGUGGCACCGAUCCGGACGAAGGAUAACGGCACCUCGUAUCAGGUGGGCGGAUUACUGCCCUUCACCGUGUACAGUUUCCGCGUGAUUGCCAUCAACGAGUUGGGGCGCAGCCCUCCCUCGAAGGAAUCGUACUAUUUUGUCACGCUGCGGGAAG